AUCACGUGACUUUGCGGAAGUAAGAGUAUCAACAUCAUGAGCAGAAUUUGAGCCGGUGUCCUGCAAAGAUGGUGCGAUGUUUUGUCUUGUUUUUCAUCGUUUGUUGUGUGAACGAAGUGUUUUGUACUCAGGAUUCAGGCGGGGCUCAGUCAGAACCCGUAGCCGCUCAGGGAGCAACUAGCUGCGGCUGUGAGCACCUGAAGAGAGUCGCUGCUGUGGAGCCUGUGGAGGACAGCACGGUGUCUGCAGACCCAGCUCUCAAAUACUCAAAAGGCGCCAAUGAGAGGCUGCAGGAGGCUCAGGGAGAUGACGAGAAUAUACUUAGUCAGAUGGUGCUGAUUUCUGGAGGAGAGUUCCUGAUGGGGACGGACAACCCAGCCAUCCCUGCAGAUGGCGAGGGCCCUCAGAGGCCGGUGCACGUGGACUCCUUCUACAUGGAGAUCCAGGAAGUGACAAACCAACAGUUUCAGGGCUUUGUCAAUGCCACAGGAUUCAUUACUGAGGCAGAGAACUUCGGAGACUCAUUUGUGUUCGAGGGGAUUUUGAGCGAGAGUGUAAAAAACCAAAUCACCCAAGCUGUGGCUGCUGCCCCCUGGUGGCUUCCAGUCAAAGGUGCCAACUGGAGGCACCCUAAUGGUCCAGACUCCAACAUCACAGACCGGCUGGACCAUCCUGUUCUACAUGUGUCUUGGGCCGAUGCAGUCGCCUACUGCUCCUGGGCCAAUAGGAGACUUCCUACAGAGGCAGAAUGGGAGUACGCCUGCAGAGGGGGCCUUGAAGACAGACUUUACCCCUGGGGAAACAAGUUGAACCCGAAAGGACAGCACUAUGCCAACCUCUGGCAGGGGGACUUCCCCAACCAUAACUCUGCAGAGGAUGGAUACAUUCAAACUUCACCGGUGAUGUCCUUUCCAGCCAAUGGUUUCGGUCUGCAUGACAUUGUGGGGAAUGCAUGGGAAUGGACCUCAGACUGGUGGACUGUUCAUCACACCACAGAGCAUCAACAAAACCCAAUUGGUCCUUCGUCAGGCACAGACAAGGUGAAGAAGGGAGGGUCAUACAUGUGCCACAAGUCUUACUGUUAUAGAUACCGAUGUGCUGCUCGUAGCCAAAACACUCCGGACAGUGCCGCCUCUAAUCUUGGUUUCCGCUGUGUCUCUCAGGAGAAACGGUGACCUGACCUGCUCGUCUUAAAGCUACGGUACCUUAUUCUAGCUGCUCCUGAACUCUUGUGUUGGUUGUACAGUUAACCAAUGAAAGUGACUUCAUAUAUGCCAUUUCAUUUUCAUAGAGAUCGUCUUCCAUUCAAGCAGAUAUUCUCAGAAAUAAAAUAUUUUAUAACUUUUUUCAGACUUAAUUUUUUAUAAGAAAUGACAUUUCUGUUCUCCUAACGUCUCUGAGCAUUGGUGGAGCAGGCACUGAAUAACGCUGUUUCUGCUUUUGGAGUGGCAACAAUCAGUAUGGUUUGUUAAUGGCAAAAACUCUUUGGAAGAAGUUUAAAGGUUGUUAUAAUCAUCAAAAAUGUUAGCUGAGAUCCAGACUAAUAGACCUGACUGAAUAGAUUGUGAAAUAUACAGUAAAUGUCAAAUGCAUACUGUGCAACUGCUGCAAGAUUAUUGUACAUACUGUAAAAGCUUAUAAUUUUUACAAUUACUGAUAAAUCUGUGACAAACAGCAUCCUAAAUAAUGCGAUUCAUCUUUCUCCUUUUUGUAUUUGUGAAUUUAUAUUUUAAGUGAAAGAAAUAUAAUCAGGGAAUCAUCCUGACUUAUUUUUAUUUUUGGUGAAACAACCCAAUCUUAAAUGUCAUAUUUGGCCAUAAUAAAAAUGGUGCUGUCUU